CGGCAGUGUUGAACGACCGCUAGGUGGUUGCAUCGAGCGAAUAAGCGCUAAACGGGCCUUUCAAUUACGACAAAGAAGAAGGAAGUCCCCAAAUUAGCCACCACCACACGUUGCUAAGCCGGAGCUGACUUGAGCGUAAAAAUCAACCUUUCGGGGCCUGCCUUUACUACUUCUGUGUGGCUCAUUAUUCCUUUGGGCUCCCCUUGUCGUUAGACCAAGACGGACGAAACAGUCCAGUUGGCUGCAAACUCGUCACUUGGGAGCGAGCGACUCCCGCUUGCUUAGUAGCCUGCUAGCUGCAAACAAAGAGCGGUGGACGGACGUUAGCAGCCCGCGAAGCGCGCGCCAGGCCAGCCGCGAGUGCCAAAGUCGUCUUCACUGGUCGUCUUCUUCUUCUUGUCACCGCGUGAGAAUGUGUAAAGUGAAAAUGCUGCGAGCUCUGGUCAACCAGCGGCUGAAUGCGGCCGUGGAAGAAAUAUUUGCGGUGUUGGAGAGAACCAUAAGCGAGUACGAGGUGGAACUUUCUCGAAGCAAAGAGGAGAACCUGCGGCAACGCCAACUUUUGGACGCGCUCAUGGACGCGAGCACAGCAGACGUGGGUCAGGAUGACGUGGCCCCCGAGCAGGAGCAGCGGCGGGACUUGAGCUCCAAGGGGGAAGAGGAGCCCAGCCACGGCAAAGAGCGACCAGCGCGGCGGGAGGAGGCGCCGAGCAGCAAGCCGGCCAAGAGCCAAACGCCAGAGCGGGCUCAGCGGCCGGCUCAGCGGCCGGCCCGCUCGCCGGGCGGCCCCCCGGCGCCCAGGGGCUAUCCGGCCGACCACACGCGAUUCGACGCCAAGCACUUCAAAUGUUCCCUGUGCGACUCGGCCUUCUUCAAGAUGUCCGAUUUGCAGCGGCACAUGAUGAUCCACUCGGGGGAAAAACCGUUCAGCUGCACCGUUUGCCCCAAGCGGUUUAUCCGCAAGGCGCAUCUGGUCUACCACAUGAGGACGCACACGGGCGAGAAGCCCUUCACUUGCUCCUUCUGCGGCAAGCGCUUCUCCCUCAAAGGCAACCUGAUGCGGCAUACCAGGAAGCACACGGGCGAGAAGCCCUUCAAGUGCAGCCAGUGCGACGCCGGCUUCACCGUGCGCCCCGCCUUGAUCCAGCACAUGCGCACGCACACCGGCGAGAAACCUUUCAAGUGCUCCUUCUGCGGCGAAGGCUUUGCUCAGCGGGGACACCUAAUCGGACACACCCGAAUCCACACGGGAGAAAAGCCCUUCUCCUGCAACGUGUGCGGCAAGAAAUUCUCCAUCAAAGGGACGCUCAACGUGCACGUGCGCACGCACACCGGCGAAAAGCCCUUUGGCUGCCACUCGUGCCACGGUAAAUUCUCGCACAAGCAGCAACUCGACAAACACGCCUGCGCCGGCGGCGAGGGCAGCAGCGCUCAGAUGGAUUUGGACGGGUUAGCUUUGUGUCCCGCAGGCGGCGGCCAGCAGCUGCAGGCAGCGCAGCCCCCCCACGUCAAAGAGGAUCAGGGGCAAGAGCCCCUCCGCGUCAAACAGGAACAGGAGGAAGUAGACGUCAGCCGGGAAGGCGGCGAGCGUCGCCCCGCAAGCGGUUCUGACGACGAGGAGCAGCGGGCCGACCUCAGCCAUUUCCCGGCGAUGCGAGGGGUCGUGAAAGGCGAAGAUGAGCGAGACCAAGGCGCGCCGGAGCAGAAGACCAGAGCGUGGCGACGGCGGAGCCGUGACGGAGGCUCUCCGGGCCACGCGGCCUUCGGCUGUUCUCGGGGGGGCGGUAGCCACGUGUCCGGCUUGAGUGCGCGCGCGAAGGAAGAGAUCUUCAUUUGCCCAUUUUGCGGCAAGAGCUUCGGUCGGCGGGAGCACCUGACGGGCCACGUGAUGAUCCACACCGGCGAGAAACCCUUCGUCUGCGCCGUGUGCGGCGGCCGUUUCUCGCUCAAAGGCACGCUGAUGAUCCAUAUGAGGACGCACAGCGGCGAGCGACCCUUCCCUUGCUCGCUUUGCGGUGAACGCUUCUCGCAGAAGGUCAAUCUGAGCACGCACAUGAGGACGCACACGGGAGAGAAACCCUUCUCCUGCUCGGUGUGCGACGAGACGUUCUCCCAGAAAGGAAACGUGAUGAAGCACAUGAGGACGCACACUGGGGAGAAACCCUUCCCCUGCUCAGUGUGCGGCGAGAGGUUCUCGCAGAAGGGAAAUCUGGUCAUCCACAUGAGGACGCACACGGGGGAGAAACCUUUUCCCUGCUCCGUAUGCGGAAAAAAGUUUGCUCUGAAGGGCAGUUUGCGGAAACACACCAGGACGCACACCGGCGAGAAACCUUUCGCUUGCUCCGUGUGCGGCGAGAGCUUUGCGCAGAAAGGGAAUUUGAACAUUCACGCCAGGAAGCACACGGGAGAAAAAGCCUUCUGCUGCAACCUGUGUCAGGCCAAAUUUGGCAGCCCGAGUCAACUGAGCGAGCAUCGGUGCGCGUGCGACACUUGAAGCGUAAAGACAGGGAGGAACUUUGACUUCGGCUGCCCCUAAGGACUACUUUGGACCAAAUGCCGCUUCUCAACUCUCUUCAAAUGGUCUCCUUGGCAUCAAGAUGUCAUCGUCAGUAAAUAAUAGCGGGUCGAUGGCAAAUUGCAACGAAUUGUGACAUCAUUGUUCAUUGCGGGGAAUAUAUAGAAGGCACACACCUACUGUAAAUACUCGUACAGUUCUUCAAAUAAAGCUCUCAAUCGAAUUCUG